GUGUUGCACACCCUCGAGCGGUCAAAUACAAACACCAACCAGCAAAGCAGUCAGUCCACUGACCCUUGAACCAACCGUCGCCAUGGCUCAGCAAGAAAGCAAGCGCAGCAAGGAGAUGAUUGGGGAGCUUGGCGAGGUAGGCUCGCUGGCACCACCGCAGCAGCGGACAUUCAACGACGUGGCGGUGCCGCUUGUUGUCAAGUGCACACAUCAGCCAGCAGCCGUGACUAUGGACGGGGUCUGUGAGUGGAUCAAAAAGAACCAGAGCACGCUGGAGGAGAAGCUCAAGCACCACGGCGCCAUCUUGUUCCGCGGCUUCCCGCUCACCACCGCCCAGCACUUUGACUCGUUCGUGUGCAGCUUCCAAAGCUACAAGGACUUGCCAUACUCCCGAUCCCUGUCCUUUGCCGUUCGCAUCCAAGUCACAGACCGCGUGUGCACCACAAACGAGGGAAAGAAAGGUGGCCAGGUGUUUCAUCAUGAGCAAGCGCAGACACCGUACUGGCCAAGCAAGCUGUUCUUCUUCUGCGAGCGCCCCGCAACGACUGGCGGAGGCACGGCCGUCUGCCCCUCGGACAUCGUGUGCCAGCGCGUCAAGGAGAAGCACCCCGAGUUCUACCGGCACCUGGAGGAGCACGGCGUCAAGUACACGUCGUACAUGGCCGCGCAGCAGGACACGUCCAAGGGCGCCGGCCGCAGCUGGAAGUCGUUCUUCGGGCGCGACACGAAGGAGGCCGUGGAGGAGCACAUGCGCGAGCUCGGAUACACGUGGAGGUGGCUGGAGGACGACACGCUGGCAGCAACGUCGCCCGUGCUCAAGGGCAUCCGCACAGCGCCCGGCACGGACAAGGUGGUGUUCUUUAACCAGAUUGUUGCCACCAUCGCCAAUGCGUCCGAGUUCAGCGGCACAGCAGACAGUGGGGACAGCGAGAGCAGUGACAAGCGCCUUGCACGGUUCAUCUGCUUCGGUGACGACGAGCCCAUGCCAUACAAGGUCCUGCUUGACAUCAAGGCCAUGUGCGAGGAUGCAGCCGUUGAGUUGGAGUGGCAGCCGGGCGACGUUGCGCUGCUUGACAACUACCUCGUCAUGCACGCACGCCGCGCGUUUGAUGGACCCCGCCGCGUUCUUGCCUCACUCGUCGAAUAG